AUGAGUCGAUUCGACGAGAACAAUGUGAAUUGCGAGCGGAAUGAGAAAUCUAGCACGGAGCAGGAAUCAAACUACGGACAAACAUUGACUGAAAAUGAAAAACUGGCAGGUAGUAGCGAGGAAUUGCAGAGUCCGAUCAGUUUGGUUAUCAGUCCGAAUGGAUCUGAACAGUCGAAUGACGAAAUUAUUCCCACGCAAACAACUAGUACACUUACGAUUUCAUCCCCGCCAAGGAAACCGUCCCGAAACUUGGAAGAUAUUGACAGGAAACUGGCAGAACUGCAUGAUCUCACGGAAGACGCAUAUAUGACGGCCCAGUUGGCUCAGGGACAUCAGGCCAAAAUGUUUGAUAAACUGUUUGAAACCGGUUCAGUCUAUCUGAAAAAAUGCGAAACUGUUCCUGGAGACCUCACUAAACAGCAGUUUUCGGAUGAAGAUGGUAUUUUGGAGGAAAUCGAAGAAGCCGUCCGUGACGCGGAGGAAAAACAGUUCGAGCCAAAUCACGUGGGCGUUGUUUUGGACACGGAAUGCAGUUCUGAAGACGACGGAGGCUACGAACGCUAUCUUGCUCUGGGAAAACUGGACCACGGCUUGCGGUCGAGAUUGAACGAGAGUGGCGAUUCGCUGAGAAACAUCCCUGGACAACAAGUUAGACAUCGUGUCUCUAGUGUUAGUUCAAUUCAAAAUGGUUUGUCUGCUCGAAUAGGUUAAUCUCAUUUAGAAUGCGACUCUAAACGAUCGGCGGUCUAUGAUAUCAGGACAUGAGAGAGCCCGCAGCAAUGAUUCGCGAGCAACGAGUCUCUUUUCCUCGUCCAUCGCAUCGUUCCGAAGGCCUAUUUCGCACUUUUCGAUCGACAACUCUUGUUUCGAUAUUACUGAACCGCCGACGCAAAGGUCUUUAAUGUGCACUCCCGUCGAAAAGGUUCGUCUUGUAAACGAGUAGACAGCUCGUCGAGUUUUAGUCUUUCUCUUUCUCUUUUUCGAAUAAAUUCCAAGCUAUAUAUUGGAAUUCUUGAGAACCAGACGAAUUACUUCAUAGAUGUCCUUGAGAAGUGCAUCUGUGCACUUGUUCAUCAGCCGUUUUGUUUGCGUUUUAAGGUCAAUCGUAUCAAUUGUAUCACAUUUUCUCGAGAAACGAACACAUGGACACUGUCCACUGUCAUGAAAUCCACUUUUCCAGAUGUUUGUGAAAAACUCGCGGUCGGCUCCGGAAAUGCGUGUGCAUGAGACAAAAAUCAGUCCAUUUCUACCAUCGCCGUCCCCAUCCAACGACGCAACUACAACAACAAGCGAUGUUGUGAUUCGAGCCCAUGACCAAAUCCAAAUAUUAUGAUGUUUCAGCCGAGUGUGUCAUCCGAAUUGUCUGUCGAACAGCCUCCGCUGCCUGCUGCAGUCAAUCUAAAACUUCGUCUGAACGAAGGAUUGUGCGAAACGGCGUCUCCGAUCGCUUCGCCAGUCCCCAAACCCAGGGUAACACUUUUUCUUCGCGAAUCUGAUUGCAACAAUGGUAUUACAGAUCAAAAAAGAAAAGAAAAGGGAAUUGCUGAAAAUGUCGUCCAGUUCGCCAAACAUGAACUCGCAAAAUCUUCUUGUGAACGUGCUCCGACCAUCGGAAGUAGGUGUCAUUCUUCUUAUUCUUACUGAGGACUUACUUUCUAAAGCAUUUAGGAAAAUUCUAAAAAAAAAACAGAGUGGUACUAUAAAAUAUGGGGAACAUUUUCCAAUCUUACCAUUCGUCUAAAUGUCUCUGGAAACUUUCAAAAAAAAAAAAAUCAAAAUUUUGCUAAUUUUACAAAAUUCAAUCUUUUGUAAGCUGAUAACACUACCAAUAGAACCGUCUGCUGUAAUUUUGAAUAGUCUCACUUUCAGACAGUUGGAAGGGUUUUUGGCAUACAAAAAAGUGAAUUUUGUCAACAAAAAACAAUUUGACGACGUUUCUGGAAGUUUUCAGAGGUCAGAAAAUUUUCUCCAUGUUUUAUAGUACAACCCUGAUUUUUUCAGAAUUUUCCAAAAUGGUAACGAAAGGAAUUCACUAGUUAGUCCCCGGGUGAGUGCGGCCACGUGGAUGUUGACUUCUAGAAGAGAUUGAUGAAGAGACGAAAAAUUUUUCUGUUUUGACGAAGGCAAAACAAUAAUAGUCACUUGUCUUUGCUAUAAUAUUCUAAUGUAUUCUCUAUUCUGAAAACUAGCACAUUUCCUCUCAAAUUCUUUCGGUACAGUAGGCGCGAACGACGCAAUUGUUGUAGUUUAGACAGGCCGGAAAUGGAAAGUUUUUAUAAAAACCGUUGUUCGAUGCCCCGGGAAGAAACAAAAAAAAAGAAGCAAUUUCCGGUUCUGUAGCAUCCACGGCGCAUUUUCCUUGAAUCUAUGGGAAAUAGCCGUUGUUGUGGGGGGCUAGUCUGCCCUCAGAUCUAUGAGGGAUCACGGAAAGAACAGACAUCAGUUCUAGUUAUGACAGCUCAAAAUUCACUCGCAGUGGUUAAAAAUAUCUAUUCGCAAUGUCAUUUUGUAUCAUUUCUACUGCAGGCAGCCAUCGAGAAUGCAGCACUGACUCCAAACCCGAACAGAACAUUCGAAGUGGUUUCCAUCAGCAUUUCCAACUUGGAGCUCGUUCGUAAACCGAAGAAAUCUAUCUACAUCAUGGCUAAAUUCGAUAACAAGGAUGUUCAUCGUUCCGCCAAGCUUCGAGGGUGAGCACAGUCAAAAAUAAAAAGUGAUAAGUGAUAUCAGAUAGCUCAGCAGUUGACUUCCUAAUUGAUUAGAAGUAGGAUAAAAGUGUUAAUGAGAUUUGUGGCAUUUUCACUUCCCCCCGUAUUCCCUCAUUUAAUUUCAAGUCGAAUUGCAACAUUAGUGUGUUCCCACGCAUUUCUGACACAACAAAAGCAGUAAAUUCAUCGGGCAUGGCCCCCGGUUGGCCCAAUUUUUCUGUCCAAUCUUGUGUUUUCCGCUUGCCAUUUUGCUAUUUCGCAUAAAGAAAAUGGGGGUGAAAAAUGAUGGCAAGAGGAGAAGAAGAAGAAGAAGAAGGAGAAGAAGAAGAUGAUGAUUGGAGCCACUUUUUGACGUGAACAUUUGUUGCAGCGACAAUCUCGUCCACGAAUUCUCCAUCGAAACGAUCGACUCAUUCUCCAGCCUUCACCUCGUUUUCCUCGAAGGUUUGUUUGUUAGGGCCGAACUAUGGUGCUUCGUUCGCUUUUUUCUUACAAUACGGAACAAACCCAUGUUGACCGAAUCGAGACAAAUUAGCAUUCAAGACAUUUUCCUCAAUUUCGUUAUGCUAAUUCCGAUUGAGCGAUCAGAGUAGAAGGUUGCCGGUUCAUGUCCAAAACUACUUCCGGUCACGCACUUGUGACGUAAUGAAUUGUCAACUAUGCCCAAUACCUCUUUUUGUACCUCAACCUCAAAAUCGAAUUCAAAUUCGCAAAUUCUGUCCAAACGCAAUCCGUGCAAUAACCAAUUCUGAUCAGCAAACAUCACAGGAUCCAAAGCAAAAGUGGCUCGUCCUGUGGGAAAGGUGUCGAUUGCCAAGAAGGAUCUCGAGGUCGGAACUGAACUCGAGCAGACGUUGAAACUGUGCGCCGUUUCCAAGUACCCCGAUUUUUGUGGUCAAAUCUGCAUUGACCUCCGUCGUCAGUCAGGAUCUUUCUCAAUUCGGUGAGUCCUGCACUUUGACCUUUUUCACUUUCCCACAACAAAAGAGGAAAUAAGAAAAAAAACACGCCUGGGACCGGAAACCAGACGUUUUACUGUUCACCAUGUGUUUUUAUCAUGUUUGCACAAUCGCUUAUCACUCGCCUACCCUUCUCAGUUCUUAUUUAUAAAAUGGAAUUUGCUGCCCCCCCCCCCCGAAAAUUUUUUUUAUUGCUUCCAAUCCAACUGAGAUGAGGGUGGAGAAAGUUAAAGUUCAAACAUCUUACGGAGUACUCAUUGUUUUUCGGAGAUCCUUUCAUAAAUGUUUAAUCAACCGUGGCUCAUCAUCGAAGAGCACUAAUCGGGGCCGCCUUUGGUUGGUUUGUAUUUUGAUGCAAUAAACAGAAAAUCGGAUUGUUAUUGCCCAGUUGAAAAACGGAUUAUCUAGAACAAGUGAACUAGCUGUUCAAGUUCCGAAGAACCCCCGCAAAUACGAUUAUCCCACACCCUCCCAAUUAGGUUACCCGUACAAAAGGAUUAUCCUGUUUUAAUGAACUGGUUGUAUUUCGUUUAAGAUACGUCAAAACGUUCCGUUUGCUCAGCUUUCGCUCACUCAACGAGUUUAUCUGUUAUCAGCAGAUUCUUGAUAACUGAAAAGAAGGUAAGACCAUCAGAAGUGAUGCCAAACAAUACCGGGGAGAUAAUCUCAGUUGCUCACUUACUUUUCAUCAUUUUACGCACUAAUCCCUUCUUCCUGCGAACCUUCUGGUUGAAGGUCACUCUCACCACAAAUGCACCCGUUUCGCCUUCUUUUCAAUCGCUUUCCGCCCACUUUUCACUCAUUUUUCACGAAAUCCGUCUGUUUUCAAAAGAGAAAAGUUAUAUGAGAUAAUAAAAAGAAUGUUCGAAUCUCACAAAUCGCCGCGUGUGGCGUGCGGCUGAAUGAGUCGAAAACAUUUAUUUCAGAGUGAUCGGAGGCUGGAAGAUUAUUGCUUGCGCUUACCAAUUUCUUCAAACUCUCUCUCUCUCUCGCCUAUUUUCGCGGGACCUGUCAUAUAUUCCUAUUUUGUCUUGUAGGCGGGAAACCGCCCACGCAUAUUCGUCGGAUAUAACUUCUCCACCAAAUGCUUGUUGUUUCCUUUUUUCUCUUCGUUCCAGUUCAUUUCCUCCGCGCAAGAGUUCCUGUUUUUCAGAUAGAUAGGCGUAAAUGAGAAGAAGGAACACCAAACUCAGAGCAUAUUUCGAACCCUUCAGCUGAGGGAGUGCGAGUGUGAGCUUUCCGACCUAUCAAGUAGACCACGGAUAACAAAUCGACCUCUUUGUUACCCCUCACUUUGCCUAUCAAUCAAGCGUCUGUGAACUUACCUCUCCCCCGUCCUCCUCCUCUUUUCCUCUCGUCCUCCUAUCUUUGAGAGACAAAAAAAUCGGAGAGAACCGGAAGUCGUGGGACGUCUUGUUGCUGCAUCCUCUGCUGAUAUUGUGAUAUUAAUGAAUGGCCGCAGAGCAGCGAUUGCGAGCGAGCGAGUGAGAAAGCAGCUGUUUGGCACGAGUCCAACUCAUGUUUGAUUGUGAUUCGGUGCGUGGGAGUUCCGUUUCUUAUCAUAACUGCAUGGUUCCAUUCCCACCCUUUUUAUUUGGAAUGACCUUUUGUGUGUGCGUGGGCGUACGCUCUCUUGUCGAAGUUUGCAAGGGCGACACAAAGAAAUGAAAAAGAUGAAAAGAAGAAGGCGGCAAUUUGCGACGAACAAAUUGGCGUGAGGAUGGGCGAGGAAAAGCGCAAUAAAAUAUGAAUUACACCUAGUUCCCGGGGCUCAAUUGCGUCUUUUUGUCGGCGUUUUGUGAAAAUGAAAUAAAAUGAAGAGAGAAAAGAGUUCUCGUGGGCCGGAAGUCAAAUAUUUCUUUUCUUUUCUUUUCAAUUCUCUCUUCUCCUGCCGAAACUUGUCGACCAGAACAAUAUCUCUCGUCGAGUUUAUUAGAAUUCAGGAAACAUGCUCAGCCACUUGCUUCGUCCAUAAUUCAUUUGUUCUCAAUUCACUUCAAUUCCAAUUUGACUUUAACUUUUAGCCCUUUUCUUUUUCCUUUCACAUUAAAAUUCACUAGUCGCAUGCAGAAAGAAAUGUUUAUCGUAGGGACCAGUUUGAAAUCCGAAACUUUGACGUUAAUUUGAGCCGUUUCGGAACUCCCAGUUCACAUCUGGAAGAUGCUCUCUCUCUCUCUCUCUCUCUCUCUCUCGCUCGCCUUUUCUCUCAACACUCUGAUCUUGGCUCCUCUUUAUCACCCUCUCAAGUCGGGUCAAACCAUAUGAUUGCUCAAAAUAUCUCAAGAGGCGUUGAGUAGUUUUUGUGUCGGAAUAAUAUUGACUGACUCAACGCCCCGUUCGUUUUGAUGUACCCUGUAAAGCGUAAUAUUUUAAUAAUCGUCUUACAUCUGGCCGAUCUGCCUACAUCCCGUUGAGUGUGAUCUUCCAUUAUGGCUCCUUAUUAUUUAACAAAUAGGUCGGCUUCUCAAUUUAAUCUAAUGGCAAACACAUUUUGCGGUGAAAAGAGCAAAGGUAAAGGGACGCCUUCGCUUUGGCGCAAACUCACUUCUCACCGCGGAAAUGUUACCUACCUGUGUUUUUGUCACAAAAUCUUCUUCCACGCACUAGCAGCAGCAGCAGCGGUUUGGGAUUGUCCCCCCGACUACUAACUGUACAAAUAACCGCCCCCGCUGGUAGACGAAACGCUCUUGAGUACUUUUCCCUUAGUGUUUUUUUUUCGAAUAAGCCAAUGAUAUAGCAUGGGAUUUCUCUCAUCUUCAUGUGUUCCGAUCUAAUCAAAUAUUAUGUUCCCCCGUUUUUAUUUUUUGAAUUAGUGCUCAAAUGAUCGGCGGCGGUGACGGACCUUGACGCAUAAAUGCGAGCUUGAAUGUCCGUACCACUAAUAAAAUUAGUCAUCCAUCUAUUACUUAUUUAUGCGUCCGCUCAUCGCUCAUCUAUUUAUCUUUCUCUUUCUUUUAUUACUCCCUUUGUUCUGCGGAAAACAGCACGCCUCCUCCUCCUCUCAUGGUUUCAUUUUCAUUCAUUCUUUCGUCGUUUUCUCCACCCCCGUGUCUGUUUCCAUAUUUGUGCUUGAAAUUGUGGUAUAGGUUCGAGAAAACUGAAUAUCAAUAGACACCCACACCCCUUCAGAAUUAGCCGGCCUCUCAAAUGAGUUGAAUGCACUUGGCGAGUCCACUUGAUUGUCGUUGUAAGAGUCCGUCGACUGCUGAAUACGAGAUGAAACAGAUCCGUUCUGCGGAAGAAGCACAUGUCUUUCUGCUCUGCAUCUGCUGAAUAUUCAAUCUUGUUUUUUGACUCACUUCUCCCCCCUCCCACGUCGAAAUAUGAUCAGCUCAUGUGGAUGAUCUACGGACCCACCAGAUGCUUACUCUUCCUUUCUUAUACAAAAGUUUUGUGUUUUUCCUACCAUAAACCCGUAUGUGUUCAUGAAUAUUCAAUGUUUAUGCGACCUUCUACACCCCUCCAAACCUUUUCAAAACCGUUUCUGAUGGACUUCUUGCCUAUUCCAAAACAUUUGCGUCAGUCCGGCUCAAAUCUUGGUGAAAAGAAACGUUCCGCCAUCGUCAUUUUGUAAACAAUCCGUUUUGCAAAGCCGUUGAGUAAGCAGUGUGCGAAUAAGAACAUAACAACAAAAGGAAUACAAAAUCUUCCUGAAUACAAUGCCAAAACAUCCCUCCUUUGGCUGAGAACAAGGCUACGUAAAAUGAUACUUUGAGGGAUGCCAUUUAGAGUUUGUACUUUUCGCACUUUCUGUUCUGUAGUGGUUUGCUCUUUCCUCAAACAAGUUCUUGCAGAGUCGUUGACUGCGGAGGAGGACUGAAGCUCAAGGAGAAUCAAUCCCUUCUGCUGCUCGUCUCCACAAUCGGCACCGCCAGUGUACGUCCUUCUUUUUUGUGCAUUUUUUUCUCUUCACAUUUUUUCGUCCCCGCCCAUUCUACGACGCACACAAAUUUUCUUUUCAGGAAGUUGGCAAGCUAGCCAUUGACACAGAGGAAAAGCGAAGCAAGGAAUGGUUAGAGAUGCCAUGUGUUGAAGGAAUGCUCUCAUUGAAGUUGACUCUGUGGCAAGAUCUUCUCAAAGGUAUAAACGCGGUCUUCCACGGUCAAGUUCGAGUCGACGUCGACGAGAACUGGACAUCCGGACCAGCCAAGUGGUUCUACUUGCGUUCCAAGACGAAUGAGGACGGGGAGGUAUCCGACGAAGGUGGAGAUAUCGGAGCAGUGACCGUAAAGACUACCUACCAGAUUGAUCACAUUCUUCGCAUGCAAGUCUACAAGUAAGUGUUCGAUCGAUAUUCCCUAAUAUUGAUUUUAAUGGUACUCUAGACCUCUACUUGAUCUUCUCUUCUCUGCGGGAGAUGUUCAGCCACUCACAGCUUCUUUGGUCGCAGUUAUCGAGGCUCUUCCAAAGGUCGAAUUGGGGCCAGUUUCCCGAUCUUUGGUUGAACUUAUGGCUCAAUCGGAGCGCAUUCGUCCGGUUCUAAACUCUCUCUACGUAAACAGUAUCUUGAAAUGCCAGUGAGUCACUAUUAAUUUAAUAAUAACCUCAUGAUUUUUCUCAUUCAGGGAUGAGAACACACUGUUCCGGGGACAAUCUCUAUCUGGAAAGAUGCUGUUCGAAAUACUGACCACUUUCGGAAAGAUGUACUUGAUUACGACACUGAAACCAGUGGUUGACAAGGUAUGUGGAAUAGAAGCAGAUUCGUUCGAGCAAACUAGUUUUAGAUUUACAAAGAGCGAAGGAAUUGUGAGGUCGAUCCAGCUAGGGUCGUUGCCGGCACUUCGCUUGAAAAGAAUAGCAACAAUCUACUCGUCUACUUCCAAAUGCUUUUCGAACGGGUUACCACAAGUUCCACCAACUGCCCUCACCUCAUCAAGCAGCUUCUGUACGAUCUUCGAACUGUCGUUGGGGAUCACAGUUGUAAGAGAACAUUGACCUUCGGAAUACUGUAACACCAAAUAUUUAUAGCACGGCCAGGAGUUCAGCGUCUCGCAGUUUCUUCUUUUGUCAUCAUGCGCUUCUUUGCGGCAGCUAUCUUGAACCCAAAGGCUUUCGAAAUCAGAAAAGACCAGCCGGACCUCCGGGUUUCGAGGACUCUUCUGUUGCUCUCAAAGCUCCUUCAACGACUUUCCAACUGUAGUGUCAGCGAAGGACCUCUGUCAUCAAAGGUAACUUGAUAAACAACUUAAUAAGCAAGAAAGUAACGUCUUUAGGAAAUUUGGUUAAACGGUGUUUUUGAAACCGUCACAAGUGAGCAGCAUAAAUGUAUCAUGGCCAACUUCCUCGACAACAUCUCGCUUGUUGGAGAUUGUGAGCCAGAGCGUUGCACUGUUUUUAAAGUAAGUACUUUUUCAGUUUUUAAGAACUCUAACAGCAUUUUCAAUUUAGUUCGGAAACCUUCAACAAGUUGAUCGCAGUCGUCUCGCUUGGAAGAAAGUUCUGCAUUACAAGAAGAGAUACGUUCAGUUGACGGAGACCCAGAUCAUUUGGCAGAAGGAUGUGCAGUGCCAGCCAAAGGGUAAAAUCAAUUUGACGGACGUCAAAUCGGUUACUGUCGACAACAAGAACAUCAUCACAAUUGCCUGUGAAGCGAUGCAGACGCAAUUCGAGGCUCCAGGAGGAGUGGAAGCAAAUGAUUGGUUAGAAAAAACAGUUUAUAUUGCGGUUCUUACAAAACGCGCUUUCAGGCUAACGGCAAUCGAAAGACAGCGCAAUCGUACCGUCCACAAAAUUGACGAUGAGCCAAGAGAGCACUUCUUCGAUGCUGAGAGACAUCUGGACAAGAUUCAUGUACAACAUAAUGCUCCAGCUCUUUUCCUCAAUUGAUUUAUUCCAGAAUCUUUUGUUCAAGUACCGUGACGUGAUGCUCGAAUGGAGAGAUCAAUUGCAACAAAACGUCGAACUGGACGAAAAAACUGCUCCGGAACUGCUGAAAGCCGGCUAUGUUGUGGAAGAAAGGCGCCAAUUACACAAAGAUGCACUCAUUGCGACCCUAUCCUCGACCAUCGCGGUCACUGACGCAAUCCAACUGGCCCACGAAGAAUACGAGAAAGAGAACGAAGUGAAUAGACACUAACGAUGCCCUAAAAUGUUUCGAAUUUCAGGGAAAAACCAAAAUGGAAGAAGCUACGAGUGAUGAAGUAUAA